AUGGCGACGACUGGCAGCUCACGCAGGGCCAGGGCAAGCGGGCGGCGCGCUGGGAGGCGUCGCAGGAACUUGCGGCACGCGGCCGAGGCCGUGAGGCGGGCGGACGCUGCACGAGCCCUCGCUGCGGGAGUGGUGCAGUGGUGCUGGUGCGGCUGGCUGGGGCGGCGGGCGGCUGCGGCGGCACGCGGUGCGCUGGCCGCGCGCGCGGCGAAUGCGCCCUCGCCGCCGCUGGCAUUCUCUGGUUGGCUGGCCGCCGCGGAGUCAAUGCGCACGGCUGGGCCUGCUCUCAACUUCUCGUUCAUCGAGAGAUACUGCGGCCACACUCCGAGGGACGUCAUCGGCGACUACCAGUGUGUAGUGGUGCCCGCGGGGCCGCCGAUACCAGCGCCCGUCGGGCCUGCAAGUGCAGAGGCCGCGUCGCCUCCGACCUCACGCGUUUCGGUAUCACCCGAGGCGCCGUGGGACGGUGGAGGGUCGAUCGACGAGGAGGUGGUGUUGCUCGGCGCGGUCGCCCUCGUGGAAACGGCCGUGAUGCACUCUGUUGUGCACGGGCAGGUCGAUGUCAAGGCGUCAUGGGCACCAGGACCCCCUGCCCGCCGGGGAGCCGCAGCCGCAGCCGCCGGACUCGGCGCACGGCGCGAGCAGCCCUGGCACGUGCUCGCGCCGUGCCCCGCUGCAGGGGCACGAGGCGUUCGCACGGGCUCUCGGGCUCUUCCAGCGCGAGGUCGCGACGAUGCUGCGGGCCGUGGAGGGGCUGGCCAGGCGGCUGCAGACCAGCGAGGACGACGAGGGCCAGCAGGAGGUGCGGCGGCAGCUCUUCCGCUUCGGAUGUUGUUUCUUCCUCGGCUGUACACCGUCCGGGCCGCGCACUACGUGGCCGCGGGCACCGGCGCGAUGCUGCACCAGAUCUUCAGCCUGGGCUGGGCGAGCCGGGUCUCGGACCUGGCCGCCCCCGCCGCAGCCGCGGGCUCUCAGCCCAGCGGGCCGCCGGACCCCGAGGCCGAGGAGCCGGACGCGCCUCCCGAGGGCCCGGGCGCGGCGCCGCGGCGGUGGCUGCCGCGGGGUGCCGAGAGGACCUGGGAUGCUGGGCCUCCUCCUGCGCGAGCGCCUGGACGGCGACCCCGCCGAGUCCUUCCUGAGCUCCGCGGCGGCCCCGCCGGGCUCCUCCGCCGCCGCCGCCGGCGCGGGGAGCUGCUCCUCCGGGGCCGCGGCGGAGGCCUCCGGCGCCGCGGGGGGCCCGGGCGGCGCGGGCAUGCAGGAGCUCUUCCUGCGGCUGCGCGGGGCGGCG